AUGGACACGCAACACAACCAGCAGCACCAACAGCACCAGCAGCACCAGCAGCACCAGCAGCACCAGCAGCACCAGCAGCACCAGCAGCACCAGCAGCACCAGCAGCAUAACACCCACACCCACGACAGCGGAAUCCCGGAGAAGAACACGGUGACGUUGAAGGUAGGCCUGAUUGGCGACGCACAGGUGGGCAAGACGUCGUUGAUGGUGAAGUACGUGGAGAACUGCUUCGACGAGAUCUACACUCAGACGCUAGGGGUGAACUUCAUGGAGCGGACAAUCAACAUCAAGAACACGGAAAUCACCUUCUCCAUCUGGGAUUUGGGUGGAGAGGCAGAGUUCACCAACAUGCUGCCGCUUGUCGCCACAGACGCAGUUGCCGUCUUGUUCAUGUUUGACCUCUCCCGGAAGUCGACGUUGAAUUCGAUCAAGGACUGGUACAGACAGGCCCGUGGGUUCAACAGAACGGCGAUCCCGUUCCUUGUUGGGACCAAAUACGACGUCUUUGUGGAGCUGCCAGACCAGGAACAGGAGGAAAUAACGAAACAGGCAAAGAGGUACGCACACGCCAUGAACGCUCCGCUGAUCUUCAGCUCCACAAGCGCGUCGAUCAACAUACAGAAGAUAUUCAAGAUAGUCAUUAGUAAAGCGUUCGAUCUAAGGUUGAAAAUACCAGAAAUAGUCCACGUCGGUGAACCAAUACUACUAUACCAGGAUGUCUAG